AGUAGAGAAAUUUCAAUGGCUAAAAAAGAAUUUCCCAAACCUCCACAAGAGUCGAAAAAGGUAGGGGUCUUUUUGUAACAUUAAAUAAUUUGUACUGCGAAAAGUGCAAAUACAGGCAGAGUUAAAAAAAAAAAAAAAAAUUAAAAAAAAUGUAUGGUCCCAUCACCCAAAACACUGUCCUCUCCUCUGUUAUCAUCAUCUCCAUCCAUACCCUUCCCUCCCUCUGAUUCUAGAGAGAGAAACAACUGAGCCUGUGUGUGUGUGUGAGAGAGAGAGAGCGGGGAGUGCGUGUAAAUGUGUGUUUCUGAUUUACACUCAGCAUCUCACCACCUCAUCCUGACCGUUUAAUCUGAUCCUUCCCCGUGACUCACUGUACCCCCAACAUGCUAUAGUAUACUACACCUCUCUCUCUCUCUCUCUCUCUACCUUUCUCUCUCUAGCUAGCCCUCUCAUCCCCCUAUUUUCAUGCUAAAUAUAAAUACAGAGCAUUUCCCCAGUCAUGUAAUUUCCCUUUAUUCAGACCAUUAUUUUUCUUCCCAAUUUCUUUACAUAUUUUUCCAUACUUCUUUCAAUCAAGAUAGCAUUCUACCUUUGAUUCAAAUUCCCAAUGCAUUUUGAUGAAAUAAAUCUUUGAUUUUGGUAAAUCCAAGGUCAAAAUAAACCCUUUUUUUUUGUUUUGGCUUUUACCACUCCAUAUUCUAUUAUAUAUUAUACAUAUAUAGUACCUUUUUUUCCAGGGUUCAGGGUUCUUGUAGUACGCACCUCAUCAAAAACUCCAGUAAUCUCAGACAAAAAAAAUCAGCUGCUGAUUUGCAAAACCCUUGUCCCCCAAUCCUUAUUCAUCAGUUUCAGCAGAGUUCUUCUUACAUGCACUGCAAUUGGUCCAGUUCUUGAAAAAAAUUCAAACUUUGGGUCAAAAUUUUUCUGUGAGCAAUGUCUUCUUCUUGUUUAAGAGGAGGUGGUGGGAGAGCAUACAGAUUGGAAUCACUGGACCUUGAUAUAAUCAAAUCACCAUCUUCAACAACUUCAUGGAUUUCAAACUCAUCUUCUCCUUCAUCAACUCUCUCUGAAUCCAGCAACUGCCCUCUCGCAAUCUCCACCCGGAAGCCGAGAACGCCUCGGAAACGGCCCAACCAGACUUACAACGAGGCGGCCGCGAUUCUCUCCACGGCUUACCCUAAGAUUUUCCCGACCAAACCAAAUCCCUGCAAAUUCACCAAAUCGCAUGGUGGUGGUAAUGAAAAGAAUCCGUUUUUAUUCGAGACGUCGGACUUGCUUAUGCCGUUUCGGGUUAUGGAUGACGGUUCGGGGUUUUUGCUGCAUCCGCCGCCGCCGAAGGGAUUUAAUUUGGUGGAGAAGGUGUGCCGGAGCCCUGGGGAGAUCGAGAUCAAUUCGCAGGGGAAUUCCACCUCUGAAAUCUGCGAUGAUUAUAGGGAAGAUUUCGAUGCGGAAUCGAUUCUGGAUGAGGAAAUUGGGGCGGGGAUUGAUAGUAUAAUGGGGAAUUCCGGUUUGGAAAUUGAAUUAAACGAGGGUUUCAAUACCUGCAAUAACAAUAUCCAGAUGAACGGUUUUUGCUACGGAUAUCCGGUUGGGCUAGGGUUUGAAUUUGGGAACGGGCUGAGGAGAGAACUCAGGCCGAUGAGAAAUGUCGACGAAGAAGGCGAUUGGUGGAGGUUCCCCAGUGUGAAUGCGCUCGAUUUAGCUCCGGCGAAUGCCAAGCCUCCGGCGACGGAGAAGAAGAAGAAGAAGAAGGUUGAGAAGUGUGUCGAAAUCAAGCACGCAGAGCCGGCGGUGGAGGAUUCGAUCUCGAACCCUAAUCCGGCCGGCGAGGACGAUUCCGCCCCCAAACCAAAUGCAGGACUGCUCUUGAAACUGAACUACGACACCGUAUUGAACGCGUGGUGCGAUAAGGGCUCGCCGUUUUCCGGCGAUUCGCCGGCCGCUGAUUGCGCCGCCGGAAGUGAUGUCCAAGCGAGGUUGGCGCAGAUAGACCUGUUCUCGGAGAACGGAGGCAUACGAGAAGCUAGCGUGCUCCGCUACAAGGAGAAACGCCGCACGCGCCUCUUCUCUAAGAAGAUCAGGUACCAGGUACGGAAAGUCAACGCUGAUCGACGCCCCAGAAUGAAGGGACGAUUUGUGAGAACACCAAAUUCAUCCGAGGAUUAAAGAGAUAUACAAUGGAGCCAAUUUAUAGUUAAUAGAAAUCUAUUUUUGUAGUUUUAAUUAAUUUGGCUUCAUUUUAUAUAUUUUUUGUUUUAAAGUUUUUAUUAUUAAUAUUAUUAUAGUAAAUCUAGCCCAGGAGUAGAAAUGAUGAGGCUUGAAUUGAAACAAAAUUUGUCCCGCCUUUUUUUAUACUCAUUUUUUGGGGGAU